CGUCGGAACCGUGAGCCGCCAGUGCCAGACUGCUCGCUGUUUUUCCUGCACGGCGGCGCCCCCGCAGCAACGGCGCCCAGUGCCCGUCCCGGUCUGCCAUACCAUAUAUACCGGCCCCGCCUCAAGAACUGGGCUCAAAGCCUCAGCCCUCAGAUUAUCCAUCCCCCGCCGAGUCCCGUCAUCUCUAGCAGCUAGCAACGCACGUCGCGAAGCCCAAGCCAUGGCGGCAGCACACCUCGCUUGCGCCUUCUUCUUCGACGCCGAGCCGCUCGGCGAGCCCAGGCUGCCCGCGCUGGACGCCUGCGCGCUCUGCUCCAAAUCCUUGGCCCGCGACAGCGACAUCUUCAUGUACAGAGGGGACACGCCCUUCUGCAGCGAGGAGUGCCGCGACGAGCAGAUGCAGUUCGACGCCAUCCGGGCCAGGCAGGCCGCAAGGCCCGCCGGCCGGAGGCAGCAGUACUCGUCAGGAACGGAGUCGCGGCGUGGGCGCCAGGAGGCCAGCAAGGUGUCCGCGGUGGCAAGCUAAACGGCCGGAAGCUGCUCCACGUCCAGAGACCUGAUGAGCAAUGUCUGGUUAGUCUCCGGAAGAUACGGGGAAGCAUCGACCUGAUGGGACACAAGGGGCGUCCAUUUCUCCGUCACGCUUUGCGCGGCCUGAGCAGCGCGGUGAUGGCCGGUGCCGGCGGAGGAAUGAUCCGCGUUAGCUCGUAUGCUUUCCAUGAGGCACUGGGCUUCUCAGCCGCCCGCCGCCGCACUCUCCAGCAGAGCUCCUAUUGGGUCGUUUGUGCCAUAGUGCCGGGUGUAGGAUUCAGCCCGAUUACAAACACCGUGUUGUACAUCUGGGAAGCUUGUUUCCAAAUUUCAAGCCAAAACUUUUUGAGAAAAAUCAUGCACCUACGGAGAAAAGAGUUUGGUCUGGAAACUAAUUGCCAUGAGAUGUUGUACUAUUUUUAUGUGCCUGAAUUGGUUUGCAUGGAAACAAAUGCACGAGCCUGCUAAUUUCGUCAUCUGUACAGUUGCCACUUGCUUGCUUCGACCGUAUGGGAACGUUCAGUCUUCAGAUAUAUGACCUGUCUGUCACUCUCUCAGUCAAGUGACUAAAGAAAAUAUCAUGGUGGAGGAUUCA